UGAAAGAAUCGUGUUCGAUUAUUAUAUGAUACAUAAAUAAAUUAGGAAAAACUUAUUACAAAAAGAUGACCCUAUAUCAUUUUGGAAAUUGUUUAGCAUUGGUAUAUGUUCCAUAUUAUAUGACCUAUAAAUACUCUGGUUUAUCGGAAUAUGGCGCAUUUUGGAAAUGUAUUCAAGCUGGAGGUAUUUAUAUCUUUACACAAUUAGUAAAAAUGUUAGCACUUGCUACUUUCUUUCCUACAGCAGAUAGUGUUGGAGAGGAAGGUUUUGAUUUAUUUGGUGAAUUUUUAAAGUCUUCUAUAGAUUUAGCAGAUUUAGUAGGAAUCCUCCUAGUACUUAAUGGCAUUCCUGGUAAAGGUCAUGCUAAAGUAUUAACUGCAGGAAUAGGUUGGGCAGGUGCAGAAGUUCUUCUCACAAGAUUUCUAUUGUUAUGGGUUGGUGCACGUGGUGCAGAAUUUGAUUGGAAAUAUAUACAAAAAAGUUUAGAGUCUAAUAUUAAUUUGGUACAACAUAUAACCACUGCUACACUUGUAUGGCUGUGGUCAAGACAUGAUUUAAAACGUAGUUUAGUUCCUAUUGUUAUUUGUAUGCUUUUAUUAACAGUGUAUAGGCCACUUGUUCUAGAUUGUUUAACAUCCCUUUUAUUAGCUGGUGCUUGGUCAACACUGGUUAUAAAAGCACUUACAACCUUAAUUAUGGGAGUGAUAACUUUACACAUUUAUGCUGGAUUAGCUUAUUCAAUUGGAAUUUUCUAAAAUCAAAUGAACUUCUUAAGUAUAUUAUAUCAUUUAAUGUUAUUUAAUUUAAAGAGUUUCACAUUAAAACAUUUUUACAAAUUA